UGUAGUAGUUUAGUAGCUUUUUUAAUUACUUUAGCAGUUCUAAAAUAAUAGAAAGUUGACAAAAAUAAAUGUUAAUGGAUUGUUUUUUGAAAAACUGGAAUGAAAUUCAUACUGGCAAUGAUGUUUUAAUCAAUUUAAGUUGCGCAAUAGAUGCAUUUGAAAAUCUUCCUGAUAGCUAUCUAGUUGAUCUUGAAUUUUGUGAAAGUUUUUGUUCAGCUAAAGUUAUACAGCAGGCUGUUAACUUUGUAAAGCAUAAAGAUAAGUUUAUAAGCUAUACUGCUGUGAAGUUUAUGUCAAUGAUUUUUAAACGUCUUCCAGAAACAACUUUGUCUGUUAAUAUCAGCUUUGACGAACUCCAAAAUGUUGAACUUAGCAUCCAUAUCCUCAGAGUAAUAUAUAAGCAGUUUAAAAAAUGCUCUAUAAUGGAUGCUGCUAAAUUUUGUGAACUUUUUCAUAGAUACAGUAAAUAUAUCAAUCAGGUGAAUCAAUUAUGUAUAUCAUUGUUGGAUCUCAAAGAAACUAUUGAUGUACAUGAUUUGAUAUUAAUAUUGCAAUGUUGUACUUUAGUAUUCAAAAUUUAUCACAAAGUGAAAUUGAGUUCUCUGAAUACAGAUAAUUUAGAGUUUAUGUUCAUUGAUAAACUUUUUAAAGCCCUAAAUGAAUUAGUUUAUCGGUUAGUUAAUACGAGUGAUGUAGAGUGCAAUGUAGGGUGCAACAACAUGACAUUCAUAACUAAAGAAAAACAGCAUCUAGUUUGGAGGUAUGUUGUAAAAUUAAUUUUUAAAGUUGCCAUUGGUAUACCUGAUUUAAACAACUUUCUUUAUGAUCAUGUUUUAAAACAAUUUUGUGUUAAUGUGAGUUGUUAUUUAAGACUUGAUUUUAUAGACAAUAUUAAAGUGGUUAAAUCCAAUUUUACAACUACAUUCAUUGAAAAGAACUCUACUUGUAUUGACGAAAACACAGCUCGAAAGUUAGUUUUGUUUGGAGUUAAAACUAUGUUGUUUGAGUUACCAGAUGUGAAUAACUUAGACGAAGUUGAUUUAAUACUAAAAAGGUUCCUGAAUUUACUAUCUAAGAUUAAUGAUUCGAAAUCAGUGAUUUCUAGUUUGAUAAAUACUUUCAUCGAGCAAGAUGAUGAACAAGUUCUCAUUUUAAAACUGUUGCUUUGUUUAUUUAUAAAGAGCAGAAAGUUGACAAAAUUAAAGAAUUUUCAAUACAUCAACCCUCAUUUGCUGUUUGCGACAUUAUUAAAUGCGUUGUUUUAUGACGAACUUGUUCUGCUUGAUUGGUUGGUAUCUGUUGAGGUGGAUUUUUUAGACUAUUUUAAACUUUAUAUAUCUUUUAUUAUAGAAAAUUUUGAGUUUUUUGUCAAUUCUUUUGAUACUGAUGACUAUGAAAAAAACCAUAGCAAAAAUAAAAAUUCAUUACCGAAUAAUCUUGUUGAAAAUAUAAACUCUGCAACGCCAUUGGUAACUUACAGUUCUUCAGAUGAUGAAGAUGAAGAUUUCGAUGACAGGAAUAUUAAAGAGAUAUCGAUUCAAUUAGAUAAAAUUAUGUCGUGUUUUAUUAGAUUGCGAUUAAUGCUUGAGCGUAUGAACAACCAGAAUUUACUUUCAAUUGAAGUUACUUCUAUAAUACAUCUCUUAGAAAAAGUUGAAGAUUUUUACGAUAAAAAAUUUUCCUAAUCAAUAGCCGUGUCUUAUAGAAAUCUUAUAUCCAAGAUACUUUACCAAAGGUAUAAAGUACAUCAGAGAAUACAAAAAAAAAAAAAAAAAAAAAUGUCCAAAUUCUUAAGCAGAUGGGUGCUGCUCGUCCAAGUUAGUUUGUGAGUAUUUCGUUACGAGCAUUAUACUUAAAUAUCUUUUUUUUGUUGUUGAACAUUAAUAAAACAAGUUCUGUUGUUUUUAA